ACCAGACUUUACAGUUGCAGAGAAGACCUUCCAUCUGAAAGCUCCCCGUGAAACGAUACAACUGUGGGAGGGUGGGGAGGGUGGGGGGACUGCUUGUCAGCUGUUUGUUGGAGACCACUGCAAUUCCUCCUGGCUGCUGUGGAGAAGAAGAUCUUGGUUGUGUAGCCUCCUCGCUGUGAUUGGCUGUCACACUUUAGGCUCCCCCCUCCUCUUUCUUUCUCCCGUCUUCUCUUUCCCUCUCCCUCCACCUCCAUACUGUCCUCAGGCUUACCUGAGCCACCACUGCAGAAACAGUGGACCCCCACCUCCACACACACACACACUCAGACAACCACACACUCCCUCUCUAUCACACACACACACAGUUUUUCACCUGGAGAAGGCAGACGUAGGAGACGGCAUGUGCAGCAGCAGCAGCAGCAGCAGUCUCUCCUCACAUCUAGCGCUGCCUCUCUGAGUUGCCUCUUUCUGGAGAGUGGAGAGCAACUCUGAAAAGAGAAUUUUGGAGCCAUUGUCCCUUGCCGAAAGCAGGAGAGACGGGGGGCAGUGAGGGAACACUUGUCAACCCAGGGACACCAAAGGCAACCCACAGCAUGAUUUUGGGAGGCAUUAACCGGGCCGGGGCGGCAGUGCCGACUUUCCUACGGACCCCUGCGAUGAUACAGCCCCACCUGGACAUGAAGCCCUUCUUGCAGUUCCCCAUGGAGACACCCCCUCCUCCGCACAGCAUGAGCCUCUUUCACAACUUCAACACGAUGGACCCAGUGCAGAAAGCUGUGAUCAACCACACCUUUGGCGUCCCUCUGGUCAAGACCAAGCGGCCAAUCAUCUCCUGUAAUGUCUGCCAGAUCCGCUUCAACUCAGAGAGUCAGGCAGAAGCCCACUACAAAGGGAACCGGCAUGCCAGGAGAGUCAAAGGCAUUGAGACAUCUAAGAGUCGUCCUCAGGAGGGGGAAAAGCCUCAACCUCUGCCCCCCACCUCCUCUCCAUCUCCGCCUGGAGCCCCCGGCACUGCCUCAGACAGUGAGCCCAGCAAAGCGGAUGAAACACGGCCUCUGUCACAGUUAAACGGGCCCAUACUGGCCCCGGGACCGCUCCCCCCUCUUCCGACCCCACCUACCCCACCCAUGGACUCCCCCAUGCCCUCGGUGUGCCCUCUCCUUCCCACCCCGACUCCACCCCUGAUUGCACCGACCUCCUCUUCCCCAGGCUGCGGCAGUGGCAGCGUCACCUCAGAGCAGCCGGGAUCCGGCCCCCCGGUUUCGGGAGCUGUUGGCACCCCGGCCUCCACCAGCCCCUCCAACCCAGAGACAGAGGAGGACAAGGCCAAGAAGCUGCUCUACUGCUCACUGUGCAAGGUGGCUGUCAACUCCUUAUCACAGCUGGAGGCCCACAACAAAGGUACUAAACACAAAACUAUCCUGGAAGCACGGAGCGGGCUGGGCCCUAUCAAGGCAUAUCCUCGCCUGGGCCCCAAGCCCAGUGGAGAGCAGGGAGGGGGUCCGGUGGACCCCAACACUCAGGAACGAACCUUCCACUGUGAGAUCUGCAAUGUGCGGGUCAACUCUGAAUUGCAACUCAAACAGCACAUAUCAAGUCGAAGGCACCGGGACGGCAUGGCCGGGAAGCCUAACCCUCUGCUCAGCCGACACAAGAAGCACAGGGGAGCUGAUCUGACGUCUUCUUUGACCUUCUCCAAGGAUCUCACCAAAGCUUUGGGCGCAGGCCUCUUGCCCAGCCCCCUGGCUGUUGCCGCAGCAAUGGCCGCUGCAGCAUCCUCGAACCAGCUGGCCCUCCGCGCAGCUGCUCCCGCGCCUCACCCACACCAUCACCUCUUGCAAGGCCCACAUCUCAGCCACGCCAUCCUGAGACCGGCCCCGGGGCCCAUCCGCACCACCCAUGGUCCGAUCCUCUUCUCUCCUUACUGACACAUCACCCUCUGACUUCUGCCAGUCAGGAACGUCAUCUCCAAAAGCACACUGUGAAACUACAAACAAGAUCAACAAACAGCAAUUGACAGAGGGGGAAAAAAAAACUACAAUCAUUAAAGUAUUUGACUGGGACAAUAGCAAGGGAACGGAACAGUGGAACAGGAGUACAAGUCUAUCCUUUUCCCUUUACCUGAAACUCUCCACUCACUCUCCUUCCAUUUCAAAAGACUCCUGAGUGAUCUGCAGACGUGAGUGAUAGGAGAGACAUUCAUUAUGCAUCGAACUCCCUUGUACAUUUGUCACCUCCCCUGGUCCCUCCCUUGCACUGUGGCCCCCUCAUGGCCGCCCAAAUAGCAACAAAAGAAACACACGCAGACCUUUCUAGAAACAUCAAACCACACGUAGUGUUACAUAACUAUUCUGGGCCCGGGUUGGUUUUCUCCCGUCAUCACCGCUCAGCGUGUUCUUCUCAUCCUAUGCACCUCAGAAACUAAGACAAUAAUGUUAUGUCAGUAGGGUAGCUGCUUCCAUCGAUCUUUGCUGUGUGCGCCGCGUGUAGCUGUGGCGGCCUCCACGGUACUGUACAUGUCCUGCUCCGCGCCGGAGGCUCAGCAGCUUCUUCAAUUUAUGACACUUAGGCCCUCGCUAGAUACAACAUGACUUCGGCUGACAGGCAGGUGGUAGCCACAUCUGAACAUGUCCGCGGGUUUCGGGGAGGGGAGGGGAGGGGAGCGUGGGAGGGAGGGAUGGGAAGGGUGGGGGUUGGAAGAGCAGAAAAGUGACUGUGGGGGAUUGCGCUCCGCUGUCAUUUCCUGAUAGGGUGAGGUGAGAGGAGGCCUGGCAUGGGUCAGUGGAUGGAUCGACCCCGGGCAGCAUGCAGGCACACACAAGCCCGAACAAAUCUGUGUUUAAAAUAGAUUGUACCAACAAAACCUGCUUUGGGGCACAUCUGCCAACUUCCAUAACAGUCAGAGAGGAGCCUCACCAAAGGAGAGAGGGAAUAGGAGGAGUAGCAGAAGUUGCACAUUGGUACAUACUGUACCGCUGUGAUAAGUACAUAAUUAUAACCUUGGCUUGAAUUGCCUUUUAUUUAAGGGAUCUUUUGUGUACAGUAAUAAAAAAUAUAUAUAUGGUACUAGUGAGAGCAUAGGUUAUAUAAGACGAGACUUAAGUUCAGAUUUUCAGAAAGGUCAAUGACGUCCUCACAUCUCCCAGGUCUUCACUCAGAGGCGGAUCCUUUGUGUUGGUUUUCAUGUGCGACUUAGCUGUGACCCUGUGUACCGCUGUGUUUAUGUCGUUUGUGCAUGCACCCUCGCAAUAAGGUCCACCAGGGACAAACUUCUGCAUCACUGGGUUGACCUCUACGAUUCCUGCCUCGUCCUCCUCCUCCUCCUCCUCCUCUUUACCCACCCGACAUCCAAAGGUUCUAAAAGAGUCUAAAAGACACAUCGACAAUGAAAAACAUAUUACUGAAGGGGAACAAAUUAAAUAGAGGAAGAGGAAAGCCAAAUACAUACUUGGAUAAGUGAUCUUGAGCUGGGGUGACAACCAAGCCGGAAGCCUAGGGAAGCCGCCUGGAGCGGGAGCCAAGACAUCCAGCCCCAAGGCAUCUAUUGAUACUUCCUGUCUUACAACUGAAAGCCAUGAAACACACCAUGAUUUGUUUUCUUUUACAAAGACUGGUGAGCACUUUGAUUAUUAGUAUUCUUCUUAUUAUUAUUGGUUUGGACUUAUAUCACACAUAAAAAAAAGAGUAAAAUGGAAAACUUAACAAAAAUAUUUUUCUAGGUAGCAAAUGUCAAUAACUUCAUCCAUAAAGGGAAAGGAAAAAGAAAAUGGGUUGGAUGGAUAGUGUUUUAUUUAUAUGAGUGAUCCAGACUGACGGAUGAACAGGCAGAACAACAAUUGGGAGCCACAAACGCUGGCCAGACAGCAGCAGACCUAAACAGCUGGAAACUGACACCCUAUUCUGAACGAGAUGUACACUGUGCCCUUUCAUUGAGAAGCAAUGAGCUCUAAUGUCUUACCUUUGUCUGAAUAUUGCAAUGCAAUGAGCAAAUUUUAUCAGAGUGACUUGUUAUCAUUGUGACAUGUUGUGACAUGUUGUCCGGAGUCAUAAGUGUAAACUGGGAGCAUGCCAGCUGACUUCACUCCACCAGGAGUGCACGUUCUGUGGUGGGGGUGGGGGCGGGGGUUGGGGGGGUCAGACAGGGCCGGCGAGGGACGGCGAGGGGACGGCGGUGUAGCUGGGGGCAGGGACCGACCCUUCAUAUUAAAGGGCCUUUUUACUAUGGCAAAUCUCUGCUUGGGGAACAGGGUACAACACCAGGUAUCAAGGGAUUAAAGCUAGAUCUGUUCAACAGGCCUUUUUUUUUUUAUUACUAUUAUUAUUAUUAUUAUUUGGACUUGCUGAGUUGCGUUAUUUUAUUUCUGUGUGUGAGAAAUGUGUCUAAGUGAAAAUCCUGGGGAACAUUAUCCAUGCCAUCACUUAAAGAAGAAGCUGGCUUGGUGUCAGUUUCCACCAUUGUGCUCUUUUUUUCGUCGCUGAACGUGAUCUUCGAGUUCAUUUCGUGAGUGAGGUACUAUUCCAGGAUUUGUGCUCUCCUUCCUGUUGGUGUGUGUACCAUAUGUAUUUUAGUGUGUGCUGGGACCUGCUCUCUCCCCACUUCCCACCAAUCAGAGACAGAGGCAACCUGGAGCUACAAAGUGGCCUAGCACAGUAAUGGAGAUGAAAAAAAGAAGAAAAAAAAUAAAAACCUGCUCAUGUUGUGAAUCAUCCUGGAUUCUGUCAGAGACUUGAUGGAUAACGCAGCCUAGUCAAAGUAUUGCAGUGUUGUCCCUGGUAGGUGAGUCAAGCGACGCCGCUGACAUGUUCAUAUUGUCCUUGAUAUGUUCAUAAAGUGGUAACUCCCAGAGAGUCAUCCUCAUCGUUCACAUUUGGGAAAUAAAUGUUAGAUUCCUAUUGUCUGGGCAGGUAUUUCAUGUUAGCUGUGUUUAGGCUACUAGCCUUAGCCUUAUUCUGCCCCAGUCUCUCUCGGAGCAGAGACAGAGAGGCUGUGGUGUGAUUUUGUCUUGCCAAUAAAGUUAUUUUUGAAUUUCAUUAUCGGAGGGGACAAAGAGUUUGUAUGGCGAAUUGUAGCAAUACCUGACUCAUUCUGGCUACUCUUGUUUAUUGCAAUAAGAAAACUGAAACAAUAAAUGUGUAUGUGAGUAAAACAUUAUAAAUGUAAUUUAAAUGAAAAAGAAACUUUAUGGUAAAUACUAUUGGUAUCAAGAGAAACCAUGGUGGAAAAAAAGUAAAUGUCAAUAAAUCAUUAAAUCAUA